CCAAACCCUAGCUCAGACCCCUCCCUCCUCCCCAUCUCCUCGCCACCACCAGCUCCUCCCCGUCCUCGCCCCCCUCCCGAUACAGUCCUGCCUCCUCCCCAUCUCCGACGGUGUCGCCCAGGCCAAGGGUCCCAACACCACCGCCGCCCCACCUGGUGCACUGCUGGCCGCCGCUCCCUGAACCUGAGGAGCUACACGCCCUCCCGUCGGUGGUGUCGAUGCCGGCUCCUUCCACCGCGUCGCCACCCUCGCUGGGGGUCGCUCGACGAGGACGCCCAGAAACCCUAGACGGACCGUCCCUCGCCUGCUUCCUUCCCCGACGCGACAGGCGAAUCCAAGUUGAGUUCCGCCGGAUCCGCCCUGCCUUCCCCGCUCGCUUCCUCGCCCUCCCCGCCUCCAAGGUGACCCGGCCCCUGGACAGGGUUACAGGGAUCCGGGUUUCAUCCACACCACGUUCCUCAAGGACCUGUGGCCAAACAGAUAGUAUUCAUAUCAGAUUGGGCACGAGCUACAAAGCGGGACGAUGGCGUGGGGCAAGGCCGCCACCUUCCGCGUGUCCCCCUACCAGGGCCAGGCCUCGCUGCAGCGCGUCGUCAUCUUCGAAGAAAUCGCCUAUGCUGCUAUCUACUCUAAAAUUUAGUCUCCGAGAAUUUUUUCUUCUUACUUCUCAUUCACCACCUGAGAGGCAUACAUAACUGAACAGCUUCCAUGAGCACAGUGGCAGAAAAAUAGAGCUAAAUGGCUAAACAGAGUGCCUGUUUCAACCAAAAUUUACAAUCAACAGUAAUUAAUACAGGAUGCUAAAUAGUACCAACCAUUGGAUAUGCGUGUCAGGCUUGUGCGCCAUUAGAUAACUGAACUUGUCCCUCGCUUGUUUGGUGCCGAUAGAUGUAUGUGUGAAAACUUUUCCUCCUUCUAGCACCUGAAAUAGGACUAGAUAUCACUUUGUGAACAUAUUUUGUGGUGGAUUUUAUGCUUGCUUGCCUCUAGUUUGGAAAUAUAGUGUUUGUUCGAGUUC